CACUAAGCAUACUUCCCAUUAUAAUAGAUCUCAUAUCUAUCCAAUCCAUUGACCAUUGACCAGUUUUUUUUCUUGUUUGUUUUUUUUGCCAUAUUGAGUCAAUACAGGCACCACCACAACAACCACACUUUCACCCAAUUUCUAUUUUUCUUACGUUUAAAAAAAAGGAUUUUCUUCUUUAUAUUUAUCCAUACUAUUAAUUACUCUAUUAAAAUCCUCACGCUAAGCAACCCCUAAUUUCGUUAUCAGCUUAAAACCCUUUAAAAGGAAAAAAAAAAACAUUCAACAUUUUAAAACAUCAACAAACCCAAACACCAAUCCACACACAAAACAAGACUUGAUACAUUAUUAUCAAGAAGCAAGAAGCAAGAAUGGAGGAUUCAGGACGUAAAGGAGAUCCAUUUCCAGGUUUUGAGAUGAGAGUUCACAACGACGAUUGCGUUUUCCGACGAUCUCUUAGCUGCCGGCUUCAGAGAAGAGCUCCUUGUCCUCUUCUCUUACCACCAAGACCUCCUCCUUCAGCGGAGGCUCCUUCUACUACGACAGGUGUUUCUACGUCUACGUUUUGUCAAAACGGCACAGAUCCGAUCCCUCUCUUGUCUCCUCUCGUCCUUCCUUCGAUGCUUCAACCUAAUCCAACCACCACCUCUCACUAAUUCUUCUUUUGUCUAGAUUCCUUCUUCUUUCUUCUGUAAUGACUAUUUUGAAACUCUUUUUUUUAUUGAAAUUUUCAACAUAUUAACGUAGAUACAAAUCUGUUAUUGUCUCUAUACAAAUUUCACAAAGAUCGUCUUCUCUCAAUCUUGAUUAUACUGAAGAUUUUAUUUUGUUA